CCAUGCAGAUGCUGGCAAGGUGAUCUGCUGCUUUAAAUGUAAGGAAUCUGGAGACUUGUGGUUACUUCUAUUGUAAGAGCAAAAAUUGCAGAUUCUAAAACUGAAAGAACUUCUUUGAAAAUCCCUGUGAGAAGAGGAGGAAACUGCCCGUGGCCGAGAUGUCACGGCACCACAGCCGGUUUGAAAGAGAUUAUCGCAUGGGUUGGAACCACCGGGAAUGGAGCACAAAUGGGAACCAUGUGAGCAACAGUAACUGCAACAGCACAGUGAACAGCAAUAGCAACAACAGACCAGGGCUUCUGCCUGUGCCAAUUGUGCCCUCACGACUACAUGCCCCAGCCACUGUUGCAUGCACCACGGUGAACAGCGAUGUGAUAACUACCCUUGUGGCCAACACUUCCGCAUCUUCAACAACCAAAACGCCUUGCAUAGCCAAGACAGAGAAUCAGCUACAAGGAUUAGCAACCAGUGUAAGGUGGGGACAGACACCCAUCAAUCAGUCUACACCCUGGGACACAGAUGAGCCACCAUCUAAACAGAUGAGGGAGACUGAAAACCCAGGUACAGCUCCAUGGGUUACAACAGUUGCAGCAGGUAGCCAGCCAACUCUUAUAACUCAUUCUUAUGGGAUGACUCAACCUCCGACCUUCAGCCCAGCAGUGAACGUCCAAGCCCCUGUCAUUGGAGUUACACCCUCACUCCCUCCACAUGUUACCCCCCAGCUUCCUUUAAUGCCAGCUCAUUACCAGCUCCAGCAGCAGCCUUCACAGCCUCUGAGUAACAUGGUUGUGAACCUGCAAAGUCAGCCUUUGUACACUAACAGCCAGCCCAUUACUAUGUCUUCUAUGACUGGGGUUGGCCAGGUGACUCACCCGGGCCACAGUACAGUAGGUAACGGCCACAUGACUUGUCCUAUCCUGCCUCCACCUCCGCCAGCUUUGCCUUCAGCUGCUCUACCCAAUAGUGUUCCAGCUACCAAUGGGCAGGCUGCUCCUCAGCUUCCUCCUAACCAGACGGGCAGCCAAGACAACACAAAUGGGGUACAGAUGCUACGGACUGUUGGUGUGGGGAAGUACGAGUUCACAGACCCUUGGCAUCCAAAAGAAAUGUUGAAGGAGUUGAACCAGCAACGCAGAGCGAAAGAGUUUACAGACCUGAAAAUUAUUGUUGAAGGCAAAGAGUUUGAAGUCCACCAAAAUGUUCUAGCUUCCUGCAGCUUGUAUUUCAAGGACCUGAUUAAAAGGUCACCUCGGGACAGUAGCGGAAGUGGUGAGAAGCUGGAGUUGGAAUUAUCAAAUCUCACAGCGGACGUCCUGGAAUUACUCCUGGAAUUUGUUUACACAGGUUCCUUAGUCAUAGAUUCUGCCAACGCCAAAACACUUCUGGAAGCUGCCAGCAAGUUCCAGUUUCAUACAUUUUGCAAAGUCUGUGUGUCUUUUCUAGAAAAACAGUUGACUGCUAGCAACUGCCUAGGAAUAUUAGCCAUGGCUGAAGCAAUGCAAUGCAGUGAGCUAUACAACAUGGCGAAGGCCUAUGCAUUGCAGAUUUUUCCAGAAGUGGCAAAUCAAGAGGAGAUUCUUAAUAUCUCAAAAGAUGACUUCAUCUCUUACAUGUCCAAUGACAGCCUGAACACAAAAACGGAAGAGCUGGUUUAUGAAACGGUGAUAAAGUGGAUUAAAAAAGACGCUGCAAUCAGAGCUCAGUAUGCCGCUGAGUUGCUGGCAGUGGUCCGCCUACCCUUCAUCCAUCCCAGUUAUCUCCUAAACGUUGUUGACAAUGAAGAGUUGAUAAAGUCUUCAGAGGCCUGCCGGGAUCUGGUGAAUGAAGCAAAGCGUUAUCACAUGCUGCCACAUGCCCGACAAGAGAUGCAGACUCCUAGAACCCGUCCCAGGCUAUCAGCAGGUGUCGCUGAAGUAAUAGUCCUAGUUGGAGGUCGCCAGAUGAUUGGAAUGAACCAACGAGCCUUAACAGCAGUAACAUGCUUCAAUCCUCAAAACAAUAAGUGGUACCCCUUGGCCAGCCUGCCCUUCUAUGACCGGGAGUUUUUCAGUGUGGUGAGCGCUGGAGACAAUGUCUACCUCUCAGGUGGCAUGGAGUCCGGAGUCACACUCUCUGAUGUCUGGUGUUACAUGUCGCUACUUGACAACUGGAAUCUGGUUUCCCGAAUGACAGUUCCAAGAUGUCGACACAACAGCUUGGUGUAUGAUGGGAAAAUUUAUACCAUUGGAGGCCUUAGUGUAUCAGGCAAUGUUGAUCAUGUGGAGAGGUAUGACACAAUCACCAAUCAAUGGGAGACGGUUGCACCUUUGCCAAAGGCUGUGCAUUCUGCAGCUGCCACAGUGUGUGGCGGGAAGAUCUAUGUGUUUGGUGGAGUAAAUGAAGCUGGGCGUGCUGCUGGAGUGUUGCAGUCAUAUGUACCUCAGACAAAUGCAUGGAGUUUUAUAGAGUCACCCAUGAUAGAUAACAAAUAUGCUCCUGCAGUCACUCUCAAUGGUUUCAUCUUUAUUCUUGGAGGAGCUUAUGCACGAGCGACCACCAUCUAUGACCCAGAAAAAGGCAAUAUUAAAGCAGGCCCCAACAUGAACCACUCCAGGCAGUUCUGCAGUGCUGUGGUUCUUGAUGGAAAAAUUUAUGCCACUGGUGGGAUUGUUAGUAGCGAAGGACCUGCACUAGGAAACAUGGAAGCCUAUGACCCCAAGACAAACACAUGGACGCUUCUACCCAAUAUGCCGUGUCCCGUGUUCCGGCAUGGCUGUGUAGUAAUAAAAAAGUACAUUCAGAGCGGUUGAUGCCAACAAAAACAUGGAUACCAGACUCUGUUUCUUGCUGAAAGUAGGCAAGAACAAGAAACUGUCCUGGAGAGAAAGGUCAAAGAAGUGCAACUGACGAACAUCUGGUCUAAAAUUACAAAUACAGUAAUCUCUACAUUGAAUGUAGAAAAUCAUACUCACCUUUUGGUGAACAAGGAGCAGAGAGCUCCCUCCUAUGUGCGAUUGUGGGACUUAACACAAGUGUGCCACUAGAUGUCAUAGUGGCAUUGGUUACAGACACAGGCUUUCGGUCUACCCAGGUGCAAUAGCAUUUCCCGUUACGUUGUUUAACUAAGGGGGAAAAAGAAUCUGUGUUAUUACUCCUUGAGAGCAAGUUCAAUUCUGGAAUUUAACAUUGUCAGUGAGGCUUUGCUACUACACAUUAAGCAUCGGGGCUAUAUGAAAUGAAGGUCAAAGUGUCCUUACCACUUUGAUUGCUACAUUUUUGUUUUUAACCCAGCAUAUGCUUUUCAAUACCAAUGACUGAGAGAGAACUUACACGACAGACUGCAUAGAUCGAAGUCAGUCUUCCAUCAGAGAAAACGUCUAUUGCAGCUCCUUAGAGCAGAGCUAAUAAAAGAUAGAAGUGUGUCUGUCUGUCUACUAGCAUUCCAUGUCCUUUUAAUGAAAAGGUUUUCUGAAGUUGUAUACCAAUGUGAAUGUGUGGUCGUGGGGAGGGCUUGUUUCUGCCUUUCUACUGUUUUUCUACUGUAUGGAUAAAACGACAGCCAAGUUUCUGUAAAGCAAGAGGCAUCUAGGAGCUUUUAUUAAACUUUUAUUUAUCUAUUCAAAGUUUAGAACAAAAAUUCUGUGUUGGAUUUGCAUAUUUUGAGCCAGUUAUUUAAGGCAAUGCCUUGUGGCGGGGAGGAAGGGAGGUUGGGAUCACCACUGAGUGACAGUCCACUAGCCAGGAUUUAUGCCACUGUCUAUAUUUUUGUCAGAUUAAUCUUAAAAGAAAAAAUCCUGUCUAUUUUUUCAGACUCUCCUGCUCUGCCCCUUCCCUUUCUCAAGCGUAAGAGGGAGUCUUACGGAAAUGCUCCCUCCUCAAGAGGCUUCAGUGGCUGCUUUUCUAAGAAUAAAUGCUUUUGCAGCUUCUCAGUACACAGGUUUAACAACAACAACAACUGAAAAUGUAUCAGGGUAUAUCCUGCUUUAUAGAGAGGAUGUGAUGGGGAAAAGGAUAUUGUGUAGAGUUGUAAGUAUAUACACAGCAGGGCUAUAUUUUUAUAUGUAUAUUAAAAUAUUGUAUAUUCAGAGAAGCAUUGUGAUGUGAACAUUUCUUUAUAAAUGUGUAAAUGGAGCAGAUCAGAAGGGACAACAGGAUUACAACGGUAACGGCAAACGUAUUUUAGGAUUAACCCUGAGCCACAGUGAUCGCCGAUUUUCUUUGUAGCAGCAGAACAGAGCAGAUAUACCUGUCUUCACGUAACUCCAUCAUGGCCUGUAGAAAGACAGCUUAUUCCCUCUGAAGUACUGUAUGCCAGAUACAGAGGACACAAAGGGAAAUCCUAGUUUCUCUAAAGUCUCAGCCAUUGAAAGCAAUGGCACUAGGAUUUUACAUGCAGGAGAGAUAAUCUUUUAGGAAAGUAGCAAUUUAAUGUAGGCAGCUAUGGUACCCUCCACAGGGUUGCUACCAAAACCAGCAUCCCCUUGAUGCUCACUGCAGAGACACAGCACCAUUUUUAAAUUCUGCUGUAUCAGGGCAUUGGCUGAUGCUGAUAUGGGCAAGGAGAUUUACCAUACAAUAACACCUAAACAGUAGAGGGGCAAGGUAUUGUUCACAGCAGUAUCCCCACGACAGGUGCAACAUCUGUUCUCAUUGUUACUCCUGUGUGCAUUAACUUGGAAGCAAGUCUCAUCAAUUCCAGUCCAUCUCUUCCAAGCAAGUGUGCUUAGAAAUCACAGCCUUACACUGGCUUUUUAAGUAGCCAGAGAAUUGCAGCCAGUGGCUAGUCCAUUUUGAUACCAAAUACAUUUUCUUUUUAAAUUGGAAAGUUUUGGAUAAACACACUACAGAUGGCUGGCCAAUCAUUAUUUUGUUAAGAAUAAAUUUAUAGAAAACAGAGGUUAUUAUAAAAAUUUGUACCUUGCCAUAUUACAAAAGGAAUGCACAUUUAGGCUGGAAUCUAGAUAACUGAAAUCUCUCACAAGGGCAGCAGUGUUCAAACUUACAUUAUACAGUUUUAUCACAGUCUUCGAAAGGGGGGGGAAAUCAUGUGGAGUAUUUUUUUUCCAAGCACGGUGCAAGUGUGAACCCAAAAGAUUGGCGCACAAGUUCCUCACUGCCUGGGGCAGGUUGAGUUUUAGUAUUGGUAUGGGUCUACCUCCAAAGGAGGUGCUAGCUUGUGAGCCUUGCAUUCGACAUCACCAAAUUUAUCUUCUUUCUUCUCUUCUCAAACUGGAACAAAACUGGCUAUUUCUGUGAAUAUUAAAAACACAGGGUUUUCUGUAAUGAUAUUGUAUAUAUGUUUACUGUUAAGUUCUUGUUAAAUAAAUCUAUUUCUAGAUCUAGA